AUGGAAACAUUGCGGACCCUCGGGCUACGAACCACUCUGUACGAUUACCAGUUGCGAGGGAUUAACUGGAUGUUGAGUAGAGAAUGUCAACAAGAUGGGGAUGGAGGAGAAGACGCAACCGUGAGCACUUGUACAAACGCAUCACUGAACAAACAAGACUGCAAACUGAUCGAUAGCGAUGGGAACAGGAACAACCUCCACAGCCAACUCAAACCUGACAACGUCAGCAAUCGUUCUAGCACGGAUGAAUUCGUUCACUCAGCUCUCUGGAGGAAAGUGACGGCGUAUGGAGGGAUAUCUCACUACGAAAGCGUGAUCGCAAAAGUCCGGAGGACCUCACGACCUGAACCUAUCUUCGGUGGAAUUCUCGCAGAUGAUAUGGGAUUGGGCAAGACAAUACAGGUUCUGUCUCUCAUCCUAUCCAACGAUCCCGAUCGCGCUCUCCGAGCUGACAAGGCUGAAAGUGGAUGCAAGCGAGCAAAGACACUGAUUGUCUGUCCGGUUUCUGUCUUGACCAGCUGGGACUCGCAGAUCGAAAGGCACAUUGAGGAUGGCAAGAUGACCAAGAUGGUACUCCACUCGAAAUACCUGCAAAGAAGUUGCAACGUGUCCUCACGCAGUCUGUCUGAUUACGAUGUUGUUCUUACAAGCUAUGAGACCUUGAGGAAUCUCUAUCAAAGAUGGCUCUUGAAUCGCAAUGCAACACAUGUCAAGAAGGACGGACGACGAUCUUCGAAACAAGACAUCAUCGGAAACCAGAACAUCGACAUGUUCGACAUGAGAUGGUGGCGAAAUGAUGUGGACGAUAUCCAGUCUCUCUUGCAGUUUCUUAGAGUGGAACCGCUCGACAAGCUCUUGAAGACGCAGGGUUCCCUCGGCAUCACGCGACUGCGGGUGGUGAUGCAGGCAUUCUGCUUGAGGCGAUCCAAGGCUCUCCUCGCUUCUUCUCUUCCUCCUCUCUCCAUCCAGACUCACACUGUCCGUCUCCACGGCCAUCACCUUGACAUGUACAACUUGCUCUUCGAGUCCGCCAGCUCUGUCUUCUUUGCCCUCGACGAGCAUGGAGGAGCAGCGGUCAUGAGGAGGUACUCCUCAGUACUCGAGUGUAUCCUCCGCCUCCGACAGACCUGCUGCUCCUCUCGCGGGGUCUCCCAGCAGAGGAUGGAGAGGGCAAGGUACGUGUUGAGGUAUAUGGAGAGGAAGAAAGCGCAGCAGGCAGGAGACGAGGAGAACGCGACGAAGCUGCUCACGCGGGAGGAGGCGGACAAGAUGUUGGAGAAGCUUUCUGGCAAGGAGGAAACCAUGGAAUGUGUCGUCUGCCUGGAUGACCUCGACGAGGAGACGAAGCGGGUAAUUCGCUCCUGCUGUCACUGCUUCUGCGAGGACUGUGUCAUGAAGCUCCUGCAACUUUCUUCCGGCGGAGACGCUGUCUGUCCCCUAUGCCGCGGCAAAUUUUCAAAGGGCGACGUGUUCUCGGUAGAGCAAACGCGGGAGGCUCAACAGAACCUUGCUCGCAACGCAUCCGACGAGGACGAGGACGGGGAGAGGCAGACGGAUCGGGUGCAAGCGGAAGAGGAGGAGCGGGAAGAGGAGGAACAGAGGCUGAACCCCAAGAUUCAUGCGCUUCUCCUCGAUGUGCAGGAGGCUCUGCAAGCAGACAAGACAGUCAAGUCUGUCGUGUUUUCCAACUUCCUCUCAUGUUUGGAUGAGACAGAAAGUGCCUUGAUCGCUGCUGGCAUCCCCGUCUUUCGUAUCGAUGGCAAGACCAGCAUCGUCCAGCGCCGGCGGCUGAUACAAGACUUCGACUCUUAUCCUCAAGGCGCCCUGCUCCUCCUCAGCACCAAGGUGGGAGGCGUGGGGCUCUCGCUCACCAUGGCGUCAAGAGCUUACAUGAUGGAACCAUGGUGGAACGCGGCAGUUGACGAGCAGGCCAUGCAUCGGCUCCACCGCAUCGGGCAGACGCGCCCAGUCACCAUCAUCCGCUACAUGUGCCAAGGGACCAUUGAGCAGAAGAUCAUGGAGAUGCAGGAGAAGAAAGAUUGGCUGGGGAAGGCGGCGAUGAUGAGGAUGGCAGCCGACGAGCUGCUGGAAAUGCGCCUGCGGCUGUUCAGGACGCUAUUCCUGAGAUAG